AUGUCGAACCGGCCGAUUUGCGGUAACGAUACGCCAGACCCAUGGAUGGUCGCGGCGCAUGGCAAAUUCUACCUCACCUUCACCUUGGGCAACCGCGUCGAGAUUUGGCAAUCGCCACACCUCGAGAAGUUUCAUGACUGCCAGAAGAGCGUCAUCUGGCAACCACCACCGGGGUCACCCUGGUCCGCUGAUAUUUGGGCUCCCGAGCUUCACUACCUAAAUGGAACAUGGUACAUCUACACAUGCGCAGCACCUCCAGGCGUUGGCAAUCCAGGACAUCGCACUGUGCUCUUGAAAUCGUCCAGACCUGAUCCUAUGGAACCUAGUGGCUGGCAAUUCCUCGGUCCUCUCAGAGGCAUGCCGGACCACUGGUCCAUUGACGCAACUGUCUUCUCAGUGACGGGCCACGAUCUGUAUUGCUGCUGGUCCGGAUGGCCGCUAGGAGACCACAGUGACACGCAGCAGGAUUUGUUCCUCAUCAAGAUGGCAUCACCCGAAGAGGCCAUCGCCGACACCCUUGUCUGUAUCUCGAGGGCUGAUCAGCCCUGGGAGCGGCCAGAUGACGGUCGGCGGGGCGUGAAUGAAGGACCUACGUGGGUCAACUCCCAAGGAUUUCGAGGCAUCGUCUAUUCAGCCCAUGGGAGCUGGACCAGCGACUACAAGUUGGCUCUGCUAGCGCUGGUCGGACAAGACCCUCUACGCCCCGAGAGCUGGACGAAGAGGCAGGCGCCACUCCUGGUCAGCGACCGACACCGAGGUGGUCCGUUUGGGCCUGGCCAUGCGAGCUUCUUGCCAAGUCCAUACAAUGACGGACGGAUAUUCUGCAUUUAUCACGGAACUGAGAAGGAGGGAGAGGGAUGGAACAACAGAAAAGCCAGGAUCAUGAAUCUUGGGCCAGAAUGUUUUGCACCGACCGCGUCGCCCGUCUGCUGCGCCUACCAGGGCGGUUUCCCGGGCGUUGGUCCUGUCGGUGGAAACACGCGCAACAAGGUCGAGGACACGAUUGGCAAGAUCGUUGACAAGGCACCUACCCAGGUCAGAGGCCAGUUGCAGGGCAUUUUUGGGAAGGCGAAGAAGUUCUUCUAG